AAGGGGCCGGGAAGGGCAAGGGAGGAAGGGAAGGCAAGGCAGUAAUGGCCCGACGGAGUUGAUGAACAGCGGUGAAAUGUGGGUUUCUGCAAGCUGAAUUUCUUCUGAAACUACGACGUCGUUCCCUUCCGGCAAUUGCUUUCCUAGGAAGUGUCAAAUGUCUCUCCAUCAGUCGUCAUCUCCGCCUAGAAUGGCCAACAAGUGAACAAAAAGUAGGCAGCCCAGUUGAAAAGCUUAUUUCAAAAACCCUAUAUAUAUAUAUAUAUAUAUAUAUUCAUCAAUCAGUUCGCUAUUCAGAAACCUUCCAUCAUGGGCUGACCGAAGCCCUAUCUUUGUUUCUCUAGUCGAAUUCGUUGAUUUCAGAGCGAGAGAGAGAGAUCGCUUUCCGUGUGAUCGAAUUGCUAUAGGGUUAAGGCUAUGACGUCGGAGGAGAUGGGCUUAGUCCCGCCGCCGCGGCUUGACCACGGGCUUGGCUCGCCGCUGGUGUUCCAAGACGAGGGGCUCCGCUUCAGCUGCGGCGCGCCGCAGCAGCGCCGCGUCGGCGAUCCUGCGCCGAAGACCCGGGAGCUCAGUGGCUUCCUCGGCGAGCGGUACUUUCAGCCGCUGCAGACGCAAGGCGCCGCGGAGUUUCGCAGGAGUAUGUACGCCGCCGAUGACCACCAGCAUCACCAGCACCAGCAGGAGCAUCAUCAUCAAGACGGGCACAAUUGGAACGGGAAUGGCCGGGCUUCGUCCACCCCGAGCGGCGAUGGAUCCGACGAGGAGGAUGAGGAGGACGACGACGACGAAGAUGGGGACGACGAGGAUGUCGAUGAAGGGGAAGGUGAAGUUCCGGCGCUUGUUGUUGUCAAUAACAAGAAUAGCAAUGGUAACAACACCAGCGAGCACAGCAAUGCGGAUACAAUUGGCAAUGCAAAGUCGAAACCGCUUUCUUCCUAUUAUGUUGGACCAAAUAGGGCAUUAAUGAUUAAGGAGGGUAACGCUAUGCAGUCUGGAAAUGACAGCAAUACUACGAGAACUACUCCUAAUGAUCAUCAUCAACAUGGACGUGUUAGUCAGUACCAGAAUGCAGUUACACUUGCAGACUCUGAUGGAGAUUUGUUCAAUUCACCGUAUAUCCAGGGACCAGAGGGGUCAGGCAGUGGGCAGAAGGAAGUAGCAGUUGAAAAUGGAUGUGGGUCUAAUGGGAGAAAGGAGGGUUUCUUUUCUAGUGAAUCCGGAGAGUCUUUGAGGGCCAUCCUUUCGGAUCCUCUGACUGGAGCACUUAUGGAUGAUGCUAUGAUAUUGCCUUGUGGUCAUUCUUUUGGAGGUGGUGGAGUACAGCAGGUUAUCAGAAUGCUUGCUGAUUUGAGGGAUGUUGGAUUUUCAUUUUCAAUUUGUUUCCAGAAAGCUUGCUAUACUUGUUCUCAACCAGUAUCAGAAGAGUCAGUGUCACCAAAUCUCUCUCUCCGUGCUGCUGUCCAGGCAUUCCGCCGGGAAGAAGAGUUACAGGUUCACCGCUCAUCCAAAAGAAGAAGAGAUAGAUUUGAACAGGACAAAGUUGCCUAUGGUGAUUCAGUGCCCAUUGAUCAUUCGAGGGGCAGAGGUGUUCAGUUCCCAUUUGCUGUUACUGACCGUGUUAUUAUAAAGGGUAACAAGAGGACACCCCAACGUUUCGUUGGACGUGAGGCUAUAGUAACAACACAAUGCUUAAAUGGAUGGUAUGUUGUGAAGACAUUGGACAAUGCAGAGAGUGUGAAAUUGCAAUAUCGAUCACUUGCCAAAGUUUCAGACAGUCCAUCUUCAGAGCCUCCAGCCAGCAAGAUGGCACCAAACUGGCUCUAGAUGCACUGGCCAGGGACAGCUAAACUUAUUGCUGUUAUUGCACAUAAGCUAUAUCUAAUUAACUUUAUUGGUGUUGAGGUUUCUAGUAAUAUUUGUUGUAUUGAGAACGCAUGGGUUUCAUUUUAGGCCUUGUAAAUGGUAGAAGCCUGUCGUAUGAGAUCUGAGAAAGGAUAGAACGAGAUUUGGAAUACAAAUAUAUAAUCAAUUUUGUUUAAUAGUAUUCAAGAUUCA